AUGGCGGCCACGCGUUUGGACCGACUCGUGUCGCUGCUCGACACCGGCUCCACCCCAGCCAUCCGCGCCACUGCCGCCAAGCAGCUCGGACAGAUCGCCGCCGUUCGCAUCCGUGGCCAGAGCACCACGCAACAUCACACUGCUGCCCAUCCCAAGCCGCCAAAGACCGAGUCUGCUUCCACGACAAAUGGCUUCGCUUCGGGCGUCUCCACACCCACGGUCGAUCCGGAAGCCGACGGCCUCGUCAAGACCGAAGACGCGUCUGCAGCGCCGCCCAGCCGCGCCGGCAAGUUCGGCACCACCGAGCAGAUCAACAAGCAGCACAGCUUUGCCGGCCCCUCUACCGAAGAACAACUCGGCGUCUAUAGAGGCACCGACGGCGACUGGGACGAGAUCACCUCCUACCUUGCUCGCGUCGUCCCCUUCCUUCGCUCCAAGAGCUGGGACACGCGUGUUGCUGCUGCCCUCGCCAUCGAGAGCAUCUGCCAUGCAGCCGGCAUCUGGGACCCAGACAUCGAGCCGUCCAAGCCAGGCGAGAGCUCCAAGUCGGUUCUUGCGGCUGAAGACGACUCCAAGGACGCCAAGCCCGACAUCUUGGAACUGCUUGCCACCGAGUCGCUGCUGACCUUUGACGCAUUCUCGCUGCCCACCGUCCUGGCUACGGGCACCAAGCUUCUCUCGUCCGCAGGCAAGGAGUUCGAACAGGCCUCGCUCGCCGCUGGCGCUGACCGCCUCGCCCAAGCCAAGAAGGAUGUGGUCAGCAAGCUCGGUCUUGGAUUCGGCCUCGACGAGAUGGACAUCGGCAUGGACGUCGAGGCAGAACUCAAAGGCGGCGAGACGGCCACGGCAGCCUCCAUCCCGCGUUCCUCCCAAGGCAACGUCGAUUGGCGCACGGCUGCCGGCGGUACCAAGUCCAAACUCCCACCCCCACGCUUCGGCGCCGCCGGCUCUCCGGGCGGCUCUUCGCUUCCCCCACCGCGAUUCGCUGCUCCCUCUUCGCCCUCGCCAGCCACUCCGACAUUCGCAUCGGCGGCUACGGCUCCAUCCCCGUCUCCGGCACCUCCAACGUCCGCCUCCGAGACGCCUGCCGACGAGAUCGACAUGAGCAAGCUCAGUGCGCGCGAGCGCAACGCACUCAAGCGCAAACGCAAGCUCGAAGGCAAGAAUGGCGGCCCCGAGCCAAAGACGCGUGUGCUCGACAGCGCCGAUGCUUCCUCUCCUGGCCUCGCCGCCGGCUCCGGUCUUCGUGUCAAGACGCCGUCCGGUCACACUCCCGCCACACCCGUCCAGCCGGAUGGCGCAAACGACUACCUCUCAGCAGGACCGCCUCCCGCUCCCAAGCAUCCUGCGGGCGGUCCGGGCUCUUUGCCCGCCGUCACCGGCAGCGUCGGCACUCCGACACCCAUCGGCGACGCACCUGGCUCGCCCGCCGCUGCUUCCUCCCCCGCUCCCGGCGGUGCAGCGCCCGCCACGUACGCAUCGACAUCGAAUCCGUUUCAGGUACGACCGGGUGAGUGGCCCUUCCGCCUUGUCGUCGACACGCUCAGCGUCGAUCUCUUCAGUCCCACGUGGGAGACGCGCCAUGGCGCCGCCCUCGGUCUUCGCGAGCUCCUCAAGACACAGGGCUCGGGCGGCGGAAAGGUGCAGCUCGCCUCGCCGGACGACAACGCCAAGAUGCACAAGGCGUGGUGCGACGACAUCUCCAUCAAGCUCCUCUGCGUCUUUGCACUCGACCGUCUCGGCGACUUUGUCUUUGACCAGGUCGUCGCCCCCGUCCGCGAGACGGCGAGCCAGACACUCGCCUGUCUCAUGCCACACAUGCCCGAGUCGUCCAUCGUCUCGGUGCACAAUGUGCUGCUCCAGAUGAUCCGCCAAGACCAUGCUGCCGAAGGCGCAGCCACCGACGCCCACACCGGCUUCGCCGCCAAGCGAGGCAAGAAGGGCUACGUCUGGGAGGUUCGCCAUGCCGGCCUGCUCGGUCUCAAGUACGAAGUGGUCGUCAAGAAGGAAAUGCUCAUGAACGCCGCUAUCGUCAAGAAGGAAGAGCCAGUGGUCAAGAAGGAAGAAUCCGACGCAACAACGGACGGUGCAUUGGCUGAUCCCAGUAGGAUGCUCCAGGACGUGGUAGAAGUGGCCAUCCUCGGCCUCAAGGACGAAGACGACGACGUGCGUGCGGUCGCAGCGUCGGCACUGGUGCCCAUCGUCGACGUGAUCCUCGAGAAGCUUCCACGUGAGGUCGGUCGCCUGCUCGACCAGCUGUGGGACUGCCUCGGCGACCUCAAAGAUGACCUCGCCAGCAGCAUUGGUGUCGUCAUGGACCUGCUUGCCAAGCUGGUCGAGCGCCCUGGCAUCGUGGUGCACCUUCGCGCUGAAGCGCAGGAGGAACGUGCCCUCUCGCUUCUCAUCCCACGCCUGUUUCCCUUUUUCCGACACACGAUCACCAGCGUGCGACUCUCGGUGCUCAAUGCGCUGCGUGUCUUUCUCACCGUUUCCUCGCUGCCCAAGGAUUGGAUCGACGAGCGCGUGCUGCGGCUGCUCUUCCAGAAUCUCGUCGUCGAGGAGAAGCUGCCCAUCCGCCGCGCAAGUGCCGACGCCUGGAACCAUGCGCUCGCCCACGUGGCCGGCGAUGCCGAUACGGUGCGCAAGCUGCUCGGACCGCACGUCGUCAACUUCUUCCGCAUCAUCAUGACGCCGCUCGGCUCUCCCAUCGACUUUUCGCUCUUCUACAGCGCAUCCUUCGGCACCAGCAGCCACGCCGAUGCCAACCGCCACAACGUCGACAAGGGCAUCCUCACGCAGGAUCUGUCGCUCGUCGGCGUCGACGCCGUCAUCCGUGGCCGUCUCAGUGCGGCGGAAGCCCUCGGUGGCGCCAUGGCCCGCUUCCCGCGCCAAGACGAUGCAUCCGCGUUCGGUGGCGUCCUCGUCGAGUACAUCGAUUCCACGUCGGCUCUGCAAAAGUGUCUCACCGCCGCCAUCGUCCAGGAAUGGGCGCAAGCCUCGGCCAAUCUCGGCAGCGACUUGAAGGAGACGAGCCCCAUUACGCCCGAUCUCUCCCGCCGCCUCAUCAGCGUGCUUGAGACCCCGGCUCCACCCACGUACGCCGAGAUGACCGUGAUGCUGCAGCGCCUGCAGGUCGAGUCCCAAGGCUUGUACAACUCGUUCCAGCGCGACGCCAAGGUGCCGAAAGCAAAGAUCCCGGCGCUGCCCACCACCGUCGACCCACUCGGCAUGAUGGUCGACGCCUUCACCAUCGACACGGCCAAGCAUGUUGCGCAGAACGGCUUCGAGGCGCUCCUCGCCCUGGCGCCGUCCAAGGCCAAAAAGGCGGCGCUACCGCUGCUCGAAGACCGCCAGCGCAAGCUGAUUACCGCCAUCGGCUUUUACCAGGCGAACAAGGAGAGGCAGGACACGCAGGUGUUUGCCUCGAUUGCUGGCGCCGUCAUCUCGCUCAAGAUGCUGCCUGCCAAGCUCAAUCCGGUCAUCCGCAGCGUCAUGAACAGCGUCAAGUUCGAAGAGAAUCUGGACCUGCAGACGCGCUCGGCGCGCUCGGUGGCCAAGCUGAUCGAGUUCA